UUUCUGCAGGAGUAUAAUGUUCGAUCUAGUUCUACCAGCGAUAGAACUUACUUCAUUGGAAAAUUUGUUACAGGGGUUCCCAAUUUUUCAAAGAAGAAAAAUGCUGUUAAUAAAUGGUCUCUCCAAAAAGAAGGGCUACAAGGGUGCCAAGUUACAAAUGCUUUGCGGGAUGAAGAGGAUGAGGAUGAAGCUAUUGAAGAGGAGGGAGGCCUGAGAAAAUCUGUAAAGGACCUACAGAAGCUGUUUGGACGAGCCACUGGGCUGCUGGAUGAUUCAGAUGGUAAAGAUUAUGACUAUAUGGACGUUGAGAUGGGCCUUUCCCCUGUAGUGGCUCGAAAACAGGAGGAUGCACCAAAGGAGGAGCUGGCUGAUAUCAGCCCCUCAGAAGCAGGACCAUCAGGAUCUGUACGAGGAAUCCCUUCUUCAUCAAAGUCAAGUAAGAUAAAAAGGAAAUCAGGUGGGGAUGAUGCAGAGGUUGUGACUGGACCACCUGCUGUGAAAGUGAGAUUUGAUAAUGAGUCAAAACCAUCUGUAAAGGAUGAGCGAUUUUCCACUCCCAAGAGUAGUGCAUCUCCAAAAAUUUCAGCUUCAUCUGCCAAAGCUGGACCAACACUAGCGACUGGCCCUGUUACUGAGGAUGAAGUCAGGGAUGUAUUGCUGGAAAUGGGACCAGUUACAAUGCGGGAUCUUGUUGCUAAGUUUAUAGCAAGACUAAAAUCACAGGAGGAAAAGUUGGUUUUUCUAGAUAUCCUGAAGCGAAUUUCUAAGAUGAUACGUGGACCCAACUAUAUCGUGUUGAGAGAAAAAAAAAGAGCAUCCCAGUGCACGAGGCUCCCGCUAUUGCCUGGGUUUUGGAGGGGCAAAUGUGUGCAGUUUUACCCCCACUUUGCGGAGAGGCUGUUUCCAUGUUUCAAACCUGCAACCAUUAAUAGCACAACUUAA